CCAUGUGAGGAUGUGGCUUGAGCUGAGGACAAGGCUGCAUUGGAUUCAGGGACACAAAGAAACUGGGGCACAGGCAGGAUCCUGUCCUUAAAAUGCCAAACUGAAGGCUCAAAGCAGCAAGCAGAGCAAGGUCUAGAAGCUUCUCCACUCUCUCCAUCUCGACCAUCCAGAGCACAGACUGUGGCUGCUGUAGGGAGCCUUCCUGUGGGACCCAGUGUGCUGACACCUCUGAGGUCCAGCCACCAUGCCACGCAGUCCCACAUCCAGCGAGGACGAGAUGGCCCAGAGUUUCUCUGACUAUUCCAUGAGUUCGGAGUCAGACAGUUCCAAAGAAGAGACCAUCUAUGACACAAUCCGGGCCACCACAGAGAAGCCAAGUGUUGUGAAGAUGGAGGAAAUCCAGGGCAACACCCUGGUGAUUCGGGUGCUCAUCCAGGAUCUGCAGCAGACGAAAUGCAUUCGAUUUAACCCAGAUGCCACCGUGUGGGUGGCCAAGCAGCGGAUACUGUGCACCCUGAACCAAGGCCUGAAGGAUGUACUCAACUAUGGGCUCUUCCAGCCGGCCAGCAAUGGGCGGGAUGGCAAGUUCCUGGAUGAGGAACGGCUCCUGCGGGAAUAUCCACAGCCCAUGGGCCAGGGUGUGCCUUCCCUGGAGUUUCGCUAUAAGAAACGUGUGUACAAGCAGUCCAACUUGGAUGAGAAGCAGCUUGCCAGGCUCCACACAAAGACCAAUCUAAAGAAGUUUAUGGACCACACUCAGCAUCGUUCAGUAGAGAAGCUGGUCAAGCUGCUAGACAGAGGCCUGGAUCCCAAUUUCCAUGACCUGGACACUGGAGAGACACCCCUGACUCUGGCUGCUCAGCUUGAUGACUCCAUGGAGGUCAUCAAAGUCCUCAGAAAUGGGGGUGCACAUUUGGACUUCCGUGCCAGGGAUGGGAUGACCGCCCUUCACAAGGCUGCCCGGAUGAGGAACCAGCUUGCCCUAAAGACUCUUCUGGAGCUUGGUGCCUCUCCAGAUUACAAGGACAGCUAUGGGCUUACACCGUUGUAUCACACGGCCAUUGUGGGUGGUGACCCUUACUGCUGUGAGCUCCUUCUCCAUGAGCAUGCCUCUGUGUGUUGCAAGGAUGAGAAUGGCUGGCAUGAGAUCCACCAGGCCUGCAGGUAUGGCCAUGUCCAGCAUCUGGAACAUCUGCUCUUCUAUGGCGCGGACAUGAGUGCACAGAACGCCUCGGGGAACACAGCCCUGCAUAUCUGUGCUCUCUACAAUCAGGACAGCUGUGCCAGAGUGCUGCUGUUUCGGGGUGGAAACAAGGAAUUGAAAAACUACAACAGCCAGACUCCAUUUCAGGUGGCAAUAAUAGCUGGGAACUUUGAACUUGCGGAGUACAUCAAAAACCACAAGGAAACCGACAUUGUGCCCUUCCGAGAGGCCCCAGCUUAUUCCAACCGCAGGCGGCGGCCCCCCAAUACCUUGGCUGCCCCGAGAGUUCUUCUGCGCUCCAAUAGCGACAACAACCUCCAUGCUGGUGCACCUGAAUGGGCUGUCUGCUCUGCAGCCACCCCCCACCGAAGCCUCUCACCCCAGCUGCUGCAGCAGACACCCAACAAGCCUGAUGGAGCCACAAAGAGCCUUGGAAGCUAUACCCCUGGGCCCCGCAGCCGCUCCCCCUCACUCAACAGGCUCGGUGGCACUGGCGAGGAUGGCAAGAGGCCACAGCCACACUGGCAUGUGGGGUCACCCUUCACUCCUGGUGCCAACAAGGACUCCCUCUCAACCUUUGAGUACCCAGGGCCCAGGAGGAAGCUGUAUAGUGCGGUGCCUGGGAGACUCUUCGUCGCCAUCAAGCCAUACCAACCCCAAAUCGACGGCGAGAUCCCGCUUCACCGAGGUGACAGAGUCAAAGUUCUGAGCAUCGGCGAGGGUGGCUUCUGGGAAGGCAGUGCCCGUGGCCAUAUCGGGUGGUUCCCGGCUGAGUGUGUGGAGGAGGUGCAGUGCAAACCUCGGGACAGCCAGGCAGAAACCCGUGCUGACCGCAGCAAGAAGCUCUUCCGGCAUUACACAGUGGGCUCUUACGAUAGCUUCGAUGCUGCCAGUGACUGCAUUAUUGAGGACAAGACGGUGGUCCUGCAGAAGAAAGACAACGAGGGCUUUGGAUUUGUGCUUCGAGGGGCAAAAGCUGAUACCCCUAUUGAGGAAUUCACACCUACACCGGCAUUCCCGGCCCUGCAGUACCUGGAGUCUGUGGAUGAAGGUGGGGUGGCAUGGCAAGCCGGACUAAGGACCGGGGACUUCUUGAUUGAGGUUAACAAUGAAAAUGUCGUCAAGGUGGGCCACAGGCAGGUGGUGAACAUGAUCCGCCAGGGAGGGAAUCACCUCAUCCUUAAGGUCGUCACGGUGACCAGGAAUCUGGACCCUGAUGAUACUGCCAGAAAGAAAGCUCCCCCACCUCCAAAGAGGGCUCCAACUACGGCCCUUACCCUGCGUUCCAAGUCCAUGACAGCGGAGCUUGAGGAACUCGAUAAACCCGAAGAGAUAGUCCCAGCCUCCAAGCCCUCCAGGACUGCAGAGAACGUGGCCAUAGAAUCGAGGGUGGCAACAAUCAAGCAGCGGCCCACUAGCCGGUGCUUCCCAGCAGCCUCUGAUGUGAAUUCCGUGUACGAGCGCCAAGGGAUUGCAGUAAUGACGCCCACGGUCCCUGGGAGCCCGAAAGGCCCAUUUCUGGGCCUCCCUCGAGGUACGAUGCGAAGGCAGAAAUCGAUAGACAGCAGAAUCUUUCUAUCAGGGAUAACAGAGGAAGAGCGGCAGUUUCUGGCUCCCCCGAUGCUGAAGUUCACCCGAAGCUUGUCCAUGCCGGACACUUCUGAGGACAUACCCCCUCCGCCGCAGUCUGUGCCCCCAUCUCCCCCUCCACCUUCCCCCACCACGUAUAACUGCCCCAAGUCCCCAACUCCAAGAGUCUAUGGGACAAUUAAGCCUGCAUUCAGUCAGAACCCCAUCGCCAAGGUGCCCCCAGCCACCAGGUCUGACACUGUGGCCACCAUGAUGCGGGAAAAGGGGAUGUUCUACAGGAGAGAGCUGGACCGAUUCUCCCUGGACUCCGAAGACGUCUACAGCCGCAGCCCCACCCCACAGGCUGCCUUCCGCACCAAGCGCGGACAGAUGCCUGAGAACCCAUACUCAGAGGUGGGGAAGAUAGCCAGCAAGGCCGUCUAUGUCCCCGCCAAGCCAGCUAGGCGGAAGGGCAUGCUGGUGAAGCAGUCCAAUGUGGAGGACAGCCCUGAGAAGACAUGCUCCAUCCCCAUCCCAACCAUCAUUGUCAAGGAACCCUCCACCAGCAGCAGCGGCAAGAGCAGCCAGGGCAGCAGCAUGGAGAUCGACCCCCAGGCCACGGAGCCCGGCCAGCUGCGGCCGGAUGACAGCCUUACUGUCAGCAGCCCCUUUGCUGCAGCCAUUGCUGGGGCUGUGCGUGACCGGGAGAAGCGUCUGGAAGCCAGGAGGAAUUCCCCAGCCUUCCUCUCCACAGACCUGGGAGAUGAGGAUGUGGGCCUGGGGCCACCUGCUCCCCGGAUACGGCCCUCCAAGUUCCCUGAGGAGGGUGGGUUUGGUGACGAGGAUGGAACAGAACAGCCUCUAUCACCUACCCCUGGAACAGCACCCAGGGAGCUGGAGAACCACUUCCUAGGUAGUGGAGAGACUGUUACUCAGGGGGAGACCGGGGGACCCCUGAGUUCCAUAUCUAAAGCCAAGGGGCCUGAGAGUGGCCCAGCAGCUCCUCUCAAGAGUGGCAGCACAGCCAGCCCUGAGAAUUACGUGCACCCACUCACAGGGCGACUGCUCGACCCCAGUUCCCCCCUGGCCCUGGCACUCUCUGCCAGGGAUCGAGCCAUGCAGGAGUCCCAGCAGGGACACAAGGGGGAAGCCCCCAAGGCUGACCUCAACAAGCCUCUCUACAUUGAUACCAAAAUGCGUCCCAGUGUGGAGUCCGGCUUCCCUCCGGUCACCAGGCAGAACACCCGGGGUCCCCUGCGACGGCAAGAGACAGAGAACAAGUACGAGACAGACCUGAGCAAGGACCGGAGGGGUGAUGACAAGAAGAACAUGCUGAUCAACAUCGUGGACACAGCCCAGCAGAAGUCAGCCGGUCUGCUGAUGGUGCACACGGUGGACGUGCCCACGGCAGGGCCGCCCCUGGAGGAAGAGGAGGACAGAGAGGACAUGGAUAUAAAGCCAGACCACUCACCCUCCACAGUGCCAGACGGCGUUCCCAAAACCGAAGGUGCUUUACAGAUCUCCGCUGCCCCGGAGCCCGCAGCUGCGCCCGGCAGGACCAUUGUGGCAGCGGGCUCCGUGGAAGAGGCGGUGAUUCUGCCAUUCCGCAUCCCCCCUCCCCCUCUGGCGUCCGUGGACUUGGAUGAGGACUUUCUUUUCACAGAACCAUUGCCUCCUCCCCUGGAAUUCGCAAAUAGUUUUGAUAUCCCUGAUGACCGUGCAGCUUCAGUUCCCGCCCUUGCUGACUUGGUCAAACAGAAGAAAAAUGACACCCCUCAGCCCCCUUCGUUGAACUCCAGCCAACCAGCCAACUCUGCAGACAGUAAGAAGCCGACAGGCAUUUCAAACUGUCUGCCCUCCUCAUUCCUGCCACCCCCUGAAAGCUUUGACGCCGUCACCGACUCCGGGAUCGAGGAGGUGGACAGCCGGAGUAGCAGCGACCACCAUCUCGAGACAACCAGCACCAUCUCCACAGUGUCCAGCAUCUCCACGCUGUCCUCAGAGGGCGGGGAGAGCAUGGAUACCUGUACAGUCUAUGCAGACGGGCAAGCCUUUGUGGUUGACAAGCCCCCAGUACCUCCAAAGCCAAAAAUGAAGCCCAUUGUUCACAAAAGCAAUGCACUUUACCAAGACACGCUCCCGGAAGAGGACACAGAUGGCUUUGUGAUCCCCCCACCUGCACCCCCACCCCCACCGGGCAGUGCCCAGGCCAGUAUGGCGAAAGUCAUCCAGCCAAGGACCUCCAAGUUGUGGGGUGAUGUCCCAGAGGUCAAAAGCCCAAUUCUCUCAGGCCCAAAGGCAAAUGUCAUUAGUGAGCUAAACUCCAUUCUGCAACAGAUGAACAGGGGGAAAUCGGUCAAGCCCGGGGAAGGGCUGGAACUGCCGGUGGGAGCUAAAUCGGCCAACCUCGCUCCAAGAAGCCCGGAGGUCAUGAGCACAGUCUCAGGAACACGGAGCACGACGGUCACCUUCACUGUCCGCCCUGGCACCUCCCAGCCCAUCACCCUGCAGAACCGGCCCCCUGACUAUGAAAGCAGGACCUCAGGACCCAGACGUGCCCCAAGCCCUGUGGUCUCACCAACAGAGUUGAACAAAGAGAUUCUACCCACCCCUCCGUCUGCUGCCGCAGCCUCUCCCUCCCCCACACUCUCAGAUGUCUUUAGCCUUCCGAGCCAGUCCCCUGCAGGGGAACUCUUUGGCUUGAACCCAGCAGGACGCAGCAGGUCACCAUCUCCUUCAAUACUGCAACAGCCAAUCUCAAAUAAGCCUUUUACAACUAAGCCUGUCCACCUGUGGACGAAACCAGAUGUGGCAGACUGGCUGGAAAGUCUGAACUUGGGUGAACAUAAGGAGACCUUCAUGGACAAUGAGAUUGACGGCAGCCACCUGCCAAACCUCCAGAAGGAAGACUUGAUAGAUCUGGGGGUGACUCGAGUUGGGCAUAGGAUGAACAUAGAAAGGGCUUUGAAACAGCUGCUGGACAGAUAAGGGUGGCUGCCCUGGGCCUUCACAGACUCCUUUGUUAUAAGUAGAGAUGGGCUUUUGUUGAAAUGUGUGGUGGCCAAGCAGAGGCUAAGAGCACCUCUCAGUCCAUGGGUUUGUCUCUGGGUGCCCAAAGAAGUGCUGUGGGUGUCCUUGGUGUGGCCAAACCAGGGCCCCAAAACCCAGCUCUCCAUGCAGAUUUCUUGGGCGGCUUCCAAAGGGAUGGUAAGGGGGUUUUCUGUCAUGGUCCCAAAGGCUCCCAUCGAUGGCAUGUGGGACCCUCUCCUCCUGUGGCAGGUACCAGUGUACUCCAGAUACCUCCUGAGGCCUCCCUCAUCUGCCUUCUGGGCAGCUCUCACCAUCCAGCCCCAGAACACAGCCUUCUUCAGGCCUGUGGCCUCUGGGUGGGCUCACUGGCUCUUGUCCCUCCCCUGUGUUUGGCUCUCAGUGAGCAGCUCCAGGUGGAGCCCUGCCUGAGCCAGACGGUAGAGAAAUGCCGUCCCAUCCGCCUCUUUGUCCGACUCCUGUGCAUCUGAGCUUCUUUGGCCCCAAGGUCCUUGGCAGUGGUGGCUGUGUGGACAGGAUCGUGCCCAGCUUGCUUAACUUGCUUUCUUUAUUUCUGCAAACCGGUUAGCAUUUAAUUCCAGGGUGGCCAAACCGAAGUCACACGGAGUUAGUCAAAGCACAAAGUCACGAUCCUGAGGAGGAGGGAGGCCUGGCCGCAGAGCCAACCAGUGUGUGGCUGUCCAAGCCCACAGCCUCCUCCAGGACAAGAGCAGGUGUCUGCCCGGAGCAGCAUCUAUCCAGGAGGGAAAGGCGGGGGCUCUCGAAUUUACUUUAAUUGGAUGUCUGUUGAGCUCCACAGAGGUCUGACAAGGACAAGAAGACCCAAGGCUUGUGGUAAGCAUGGCUGUCCAGGGAAGCUGUGGUCCUCCCUGGGAGAGGAUGGGAUACCAUGCCUUCCAUCCACACCAGGCCAUGGGUGAGCAUCCUGCUGAGGGAGCCCUUUGGCUCUCAGAGGCCAAAAAAAGGUGGAACUCAGGGGCCUUUCUCCCUUCUCUCAGAUAGCGGGAAUCCCACCAGCUUGUCUUAACUGUAAGUCUGGGUCUCAGAGAAGCCCGUGGUCAGGACCUGGUGGACAGAAAGUGGGGCACAGGCUGUGGCAAAGUGUAGGUGUGUGUGGAAAGGAAGGCAGGGAGCAUCCUGGACCAAGCCUCACCUCAGGCCCCACUGCCUGAGCCUGCCCUUCUUGUCCCCAGAUCUCUCCCUCCUGAAACAAUACCUCUAAUGUCCCAGGGAGGUCACCGACUGCACACAGCCACCAUACAGCCAACUAGGCUCCCAAAUCCCCCUCUCCCCCGCACUCAGAGGAGACGUGAAUGUCAGGUUACGGUUUUAUUAUUUCAGAACUAGCCCAGCCCAUCUCUAAUUAUAAAACAUAAUUCUUUUUUUUUUU